AUGAUGAACGCAACGACAGUCGAACGGGCAGAUAUUGGUCGAUCCUAUCUGAAUUUCCGGCUUCCAAGCUACCAACAUUACCGACUCGCCGCUGGCAUCGAAGGCGAGCUUCCCAAGUUCCUCGCAAACUACACUGAUGUCGGCUUUACACAUCUCGACUGCGACGGUUUCGAACCCUCUAACCCGCAUUGUCCAUAUACGGAAGACUAUUUUCGCCUGAAGGAAGAGACUCUGUCAACCGAACAGUACAACUACAAAUAUGCGCCCGAUCUGGACGGUGGCUCAAGCAGUGGCCGAUUCCGCCGACUCCUCCUCUCAACGUCCCUUCCCCUUAAGUCGACCGUGUACACCUAA